UAAUUCAGUGUUUAGAUGUAUAGCAGACUCGAGUGGACAGAGAGGGAAUCAUGAACGCUACAGCUUAUUUUCAGGCAGAUGAGGAGACCGAGCUGGGCUUGGUGGGGGCCGCUGUGAUCCUGGGGGUGUGUUUCCUGGUGGGAACACCUGGGAACCUGUUGGUGGUGUGGACCAUCGUGAAGCACGUGAAACAGCGUUCACAUACAGUGCUUCUCAUCCUCCACCUGGCAGUCGCAGAUCUUCUGGUGCUGAUCACUCUGCCGCUGUGGAUCUACUCGCUGGUCUGUUCCUGGGUGUUUGGAGAGGCUGCCUGCAAAGCCAUGGUGUACAUCAUCAACGUCUGCAUGUACAGCAGCGUCUUCAUCAUCACCACCAUGAGUGUGGAGCGCUUCCUGGCUGUCAGAUACCCCUUCGCCUCAGUCGUCUGGAGAAGGAGACAAGCACUGAACAAGGUACUUCUAAUGAUAUGGAUAGCUUCAUUUCUCCUCAGUAUUCCCGUCAUUGUAACUCACACUUUGGGAGAAGAUUAUGGAGAAAAUCAAUGUCUGUUCAGGGAGUAUGAGACUGCAGCCCAGGAGGCUGUGUUGCUGAUUUUAGAAUCUCUUGUAGGCUUUGUAAUCCCUUUUUUCACUCUGUUGGUCUGCUACGGCUGCCUCUUCAGUCGCAUAGCGCAGAUGAACUUCAAGUCCAAGCGUAAGUCGACGUUUCUCAUCUGCAGUGUGGUGGUGAUGUUCGCUCUCUGCUGGAUUCCUCAUCAUGUGGGGAACCUGCUUUCCCUCAUCUCGCUCGCUCUCAAGCAUUCAGACCCCAGCAUGGCGAAUAGUUUGGAGGACACCUGCACCACAAUGACCUUUAUAGCAGGAGCCCUGACAUUCAUCAGUAGCUCAGUCAAUCCAGUGCUUUACGUGUUUGCGGCACGUACCUUCCGCAGCUCGCUUCGGGAAACUGGAAUACAGAAGCUCUUCCAGCAUUUGUCCAGUGCAGCAUCAGGUGAAGGGAAUAAAGAGUUAUCAUUUGUGUCCAAAAGACAGAGUUCACACAACACCAACUCACAGUGUCUCACAGACUCAAAAGUGCCUGAAGAUGUGGCUAUGGAAUCAUGCAUCAAUACUUCAGACUGACUCUGUAAGAAGCUUUAAAACCAUUCGAACUGUUAUUUCUCAAAAAACGAGUGCUUGAAGUUUUUAAUGUAAUUUUGUAGUUCAGAAUUGUAUUUUACAUUUAGUCAUUUUCAUUUUCAUUUACAUUUAGUCAUUUAACAGAUGCUUUUAUCCAAAGCGACUUACAAAUGAGGAAAAUAGAAGCAAUCAAAAUCAACAAGACGGCAAUGAUAUGCAACUGCUAUAACAAGUCUCAGUUAGCUUAAAGCAGUAUAUUUAAGGCAUUUUUUGUAUUUUUAAUUAUAUAAUAAAUAAAAGCAAAAUAGAUUAAAAAGAAUAGAUCAAGGUAGUGUUAGAGGCCUUCUUUCCUUUUGUUAUUUUUAUAAAAAAUAAAAAAAAUAAAACAGAAUACAAAAAGAUUAUAGAAGCUAGUGCUAGUUUCUUUUUUUUUUUAUUAAGAAAACAAGCAAUUAGUAAAUGAAGAGAGCAAGUCUAAAAUGGGCAGUUUUUUUUAAAGAAUAUAAUUAGAAUGUAGAGUGCUAGAGUUAGAGGGUCAAAUGAAGUUAAGAGAUGUGUUUUAAGCCGAUUCUUGAAGAUGGCUAAGGACCCAGCUGCUUGGAUUGAGUUGGGCAGGUCAUGCACCAGGAGGGAACAUUUCAUUUAAAAGUCUGUAAAAGUGACUUUGUGCUUCUUUGCGAUUGCACAAUCAAAUGACAUUCACUUGCAGAACACAAGCUUCAAGAGGGCGCAUAAGUCUGAAUACAGUACAAUGAGAUUGUACAAUAAUGAACGAGACAGUACAAUAAAGGAAGUAUCUAAGUAAAAUAUUUGCUUGUUCUUUGUGUUCGGAGUAUAUUUUGAUACUUACUAAAAUGUUAACUUAAAUUGCAACUGCAUAUUCUAUGAUGAAGCCACUUUUAUAUUUGAGAUACAACCAAAAUGCAUUUAUAGCAAAUAUUUCUGUCUGUUUUGGAUCAAAUUCCCAUGGUAUCUUAUGUAAUCAGACUGUCUUACAUCAUCUUUGCAUUUCAUCAUCUUCCUUUUCCUUUUUGUGAAAGAGGAAGUGGGCAUUAAAUGGAACAGAUGUCUGUCUAGAAAAAGAUUUCACUGAAGUGUCCUUCUUUUCUGUAAUGCUCCUUUCAUUA